CUCUCUCCUCUCCUGGUCAGUACUGAUGGUGUGUGUGUGUGUGUGUGUGUGUGUGUCUGUAGGUCAGUCAUGCAGUCCUGCAGUUCUGCUCUCUGUAUCCUGAUCUUACUGAUCUCUACAUUCACUACUGGGUCUGAAUCAGGUGAUACAGUGAAGGUGAAUCUUCAUGACUCUGCUACUCUGUCCUGCUCUGAGAGAUGUUCUGGUUUGGUCAGAUGGACUGAGUUCAGUGAAUCCACUGAUACUCUGGCUGAGUGUGAUCAGACUUCAUGUAGAUCAGUGAAGGAGGGAUAUCAGAUGAUCCAUGAUCAGUACCUGAAGGGAGAUUUUUCCCUCAUCAUCACUGACGCUGAUUUCACUAAGAGAGGCUGGUACACGUUUCAGUGUGGUGGUAGAGAUCGCUGUGAUGUGAAUCUUCAGAUUCAGCCCUUGAACAGUACAGUUCAGAUAAAACCUGGUGACUCUCUGGUGCUGAGGUUGGACAUAUCAGAUCCAGUGGAGGUGAUUUAUAACAGCACAGGAGCAGCUGGACCAUCCAGUGGUCAGAUCUGUACAGUGGAUGGACCUUCACUACAGUGUAAACCUGAAUACACACAGAGAUCAUCACUUACAUCUGGGCUUGAGCUGAGAGCAGUGACUCCAUCUGAUAGUGGAGUUUAUACUGUAAUGGACAAGAAGAAUGAAGAGGUCAUUCAUAUCUACACAGUGAUAAUCGAAGAUGACCAGCCCUGCAGAGACCAGAGAGCCGCUGUGCUGGUGUGGCUGUCUGUCCUCUCCCUCACUGUGUGUGGGGUAUUAUUGUUGGUGAUUGUGUGGCUGUGGAGAAAAAUUCAGCUGCUCCAGAAGAGAUGUGAAGGCAAUGGAAUCAGUAACCAUAAGCCUGUAAGCCCCACUAAUGAGCAGUAACAGAGGAGAGAUCAUUCCCAGUCUCUGUUUCUCUUUUGUUCGCUCCCUUUUUCUUCGUUGUGUCUGUGGCUACAUAUCCAGUUCUGUCUGAACGAUGUGAAAGGCAGGGUAGUAGCAGCUCUGUUUGGCCUCCCCUUUCUGUUCAAUCCAAAACUGAACGCCUGGUAUAAAGUCUCUGACGCUGUUGUUGCUGCUGUUGCGUUAAAAGACAGAACAGAAUCGCAGUUACAGCAGGAUGAUGCAUAUCAGGCUGAUACAUGUUGGCUGGCUACAUAAACGAUUAAUCAACAGAAAAAGAUGAGUUAGUUCAGUUUCAGUUCAGAUCAGUUUAAUCGAGUCUACUUAAGAUGAGGAUUUAUUUAACUUUUAUUUGAAAUCCACAACUGAUUGACAGGCAGGGUUGGGGUAGUUACUGAAAAAUUAGUAGUUAGCUGCUUUCCCAAGAUUUGUAGCAGCUACAAUUUAGCUACUUUUCCAGAAUAAGUAGUGGCUACUUUUUGAAAAGUAGUGUUCCAGAAAGAAACAUACAACUGAAAAGCUGUAAAUAUACAAAUCACUGUAAAUCGCUGUAAAAAAAAUCACUAAAAAGUGAGUUUAAGUGUUACCAACAGUUAAACUUACACAACCAAAGGUGAUCUCCAACACAAUUUAGACUAAAUAACUAAAUUUACUACUAGAGCUCUUAGGUACAAAAAUGUGUAGUCCUUAUAAAAAGUAGCGCAAUACUUAGCUCCUCCCCCAUCCUUGUUGACGGGUUCAUUUGCAUUCGGUGUUGUAGACAAACACGCCCCUCAAAGGGCGAACAACUCGCGAAGCUGAAAUCGAAGGAAGUGGGGGCGAAUUCUGCAUCCCAUGACCUUAUUACAAAAACUAUUAUUAAUCUCCAUCAGAUUAUUAAUCUGUUAGAUUAUUAAUCUCCAUCAGAUUAUUAAUCUCCAUCAGAUUAUUAAUCUCCAUUAUUUAUUAGUUCAUAAUUGGUGAAAGUUGAGAUGUUGUAUGUUUUUACUUUGUAAUGCAGACUGAACUGAACUGUCCAGAGGAUGAUUAAUCGACUGAACUGCUGAAUUAUCUCACACUGUGAUACAGUUGUGGUGUUUCUAUCAGGUGAUGAUUCUGAAGGACAGUCAGAUUGAUAAAUCCUCUCAAUUCCACCGUCUGAAAUGUCUUAAGCUACAUAUAUAAACUCACCACCUCCCGGUGAAAUUCACCUUUCACAUGAAUAGUUUAGAGUUAUAGGUCGUCUGCAGUUCAGCGCCAAUCUUUACAGUAUUUAUUUAUGUAGAACUGAUGAUUUCUGGUCCAUUUCUGAUCAGUUUGUUCCAUUAAUCAGUUACAGUUUUCUGCCCUUCCAGUCACUGAGCUCCACAAUCCAGUCCAGGUCUUCUAAAGUCUCCUUUUUGUAGUGGAGGGGAUCCUAAACAGCCUCCCGACACAACUAACCUCUUCAGCUCGUCUUGCUUUGCUGUGUUCUGUGUUUGUUUGCUCUAUUAUUCUUAUUCAUAUUCUGACUGACAUACUGGCUUAGUGAGAACAUUGCUCUGUGUUAUGACCCUGAGAUUUAGCCCAGCCCCUCUUAACCUGGUUGCUUGGCCCAGUCCCAUUUCUCGUUUUUGAGUGUCACCCUAAGCCCUUGGAACUGAGUUAGAAGGGGUAGUGGUUUGAAAUCUUACCCUACGAAAAGAGACCCUCAAA